ACCUUAGCGCGCGGAUGACGAUCGCGCCGAAACCGGAAUAGCCUACGUCAACGCGUCAAGCUACACCUGCACACUCGCCCUUCAAUUCCUCGAAUUGAUAGCCACGAUGGUUUCUUAGUAUCUAUCGCUGCAUUCAUAAGUGGCUAGGGUAACGAAAAGCUCAACAUGGUACGCUUGUGUGUGCCUGCUGGUGACAACCAGCAUGUUCUCACUCGCAGGCCACCCGUUGGCUUCUCCGCCGCGGAGCCCUCCUUGAUCGACUCGGCGUACCGAGCUUGCCUUGUUGCUACCGGUCUGACCGCAUUCGGUUCUAUCCUUGGGAUUGCACGUCCUGGCCUAUUCCUCAGAAACGUUACCUUCGUCGGAUUGAUUGAUGGAGUCGUGACAGCGUGCGACAUAUAUGGGAGACAAGAGAUAAACAAGGCAGUGUUCAAAAUGGACGGCCUAGAAAAUCCAAAGCCGUUCAAGCUAUGGGAGCGCUCAAAGCAUUGGACUCUGGAGGAUGCCUCGCUAUUUGGAGGCGCAUCAGGACUACUCAUGGCGUCAAAUCCGCGGCUUUUCCCUGGUGCGACUGGCUUUUCUCGAUUCUUUGGAGUGGCUAUUGCAGGAUGUGCUGUUAGUACGAAGAUUGCAGAAUGGGCCGACGCUCAUGCACCGCGUGUACAAAUGAUACGCACAAUGCAACAGCGCGCAGCAUAUCAGCGACUCUCGCAAGAUGAGAACGCAAAGUCAACUCUAUCACGGUUUGGAAAAGCACUGCUCAUGUCGUAUACGAAAGAUAAUCCUCUUAUGCGGACGCUCAGCAAGCCAUUUGGAGGUCUAUCUGGUGCCGCAACCCCAAGUAGUAUCGCAGCUGAACUUGCUCAAAGUGCCCAAACUAAGUCUGCGCGUAGGCAGGCAGCGCAAGCGCAUGCAGGGCAGCAUUUUAUAAUGUUGGUUGAGUUUGACAAAGGAGAGCUGGCUGCGCCCGAUUACGAGGAGGGCUAUCGACUGUUUAAAUUGGAUCCGACAGAUACAGAUCUGGAAACAUUGCAAGAGCACCUGGAUCAUUUGAAGAAGCUUCGUGACUCCGAAGCGAAGGAGCUGGCAUUCAUAUGGCGGGUAAUGGCACCUAAAGAGCACAAGAUGCACCAAUUGUCACAAGAAGAUCCCGAGAAAGACCUAUUGCGCCGUGAGCUCCAGCUGCUCAACAGUAUAGCUUGUUCCUACAAUACUCGAUUUGCCAUUAUAUCCUUUGCGCAAGCUGAUGCCCGCAAGCGAAUCGCACAAAUACGAAACGAGAAUUCAUCUGUGGUCUUCGAAAUGCCUCUGCCUGGAAAGGAGAUUGCGUCCCUUGAAGACAACUGGAGUGAAACCCACAUACCGCAAAAGACUGUAGACUUGAUUCGCCAGCGUUGGGAGAACGCAAGGACUACGGUGGCGGGGAUUGAGAAUGCUCUGGCAGAGUUUGAUGAAUUGAAGGCUCAGGGCUUUGCGGGCCAUCUAAGUAAGCAGACCGAGGAUGUUCGCAACCAUCAGUGGCCGGCCAAACAGAAUGUAUUGGCCACAGAAAGGCUUUUGAAAGAAUUCGAGGAUCACAUUCUAAAGCCCGAGGGGACCACUGGCAGAUAAUGGUAACAUACCCAUUCGCAAUAUUAAACGGCCGCUACCGAGGAAGAGCUUCGCUGUUAAGCUCUUGGAACGACUCGCACUGCAGCACUUGCAAAGCCGGUUGACGUCCUUAGCAUCACGGUGUUAAACUAUUGAAUGUUACGUCAUUUGGGGUAAGCACAUAUGGUAUGGUUCAAUGAAGCUGUAGGGACAGAUCAUCGGCUCGCAGUUUACCUGCGUACGCAUGCGUCACAUGGAGUAAACAAUUACGUUCGCGUGGCUGAUCAUCUUUAGGUGGAGGUGCAACAGCAGUUGAGAGUGGAUUGUAAAGACGAAAACAAUUUCUCCUUGACAGAAUUGUGCUACUGAGUAUCUUAUCAGUGCCUAGUGGGCAUAAUCAG